UCACCGGCGGCUGAGCCAAGACCUCUCAUCAUCCUCGCCGAUGGCAGUUGGUGUGGUCGAGAGGCCGAUACGCGGUCCAACAUCUAUCUGUUAGCCAAGAUGGUUGGCAUCGAUAUAGAUGACGUGGACGACACUGGCACAAACGGCAAUAAGGCGUGGUACAUCCACGGCGUUGGGCUGGGAAGCACGUUUCUCGACUACGUCUUCAACGGAGUAACAGCUCAAGACAUUGCGGACCAAUGCGUGGAAGCCUACAGAUUUAUCGUUGAUCACUACAGUUACCCGGAUCGCCAAAUAUGGAUGUUUGGCCUUUCGAGGGGCGCAUACAUGGUGCGAUCGGUUGCUGGCAUGAUUAACAAUUGCGGAAUCGUCAAGCCCGUGCUAAAAGCGGACGGCACCAUUGACUGCGCCGAGACGAAUCUUCUGUGCCGUCAGGUCUACAGAAUCUACCGUUCCAAAGACCCCAUCAAUAACCCGCACUCGAGCCAAUCUGAGCAGUUCCGUCAACACGCAAGCUGGCCCCUGAUUGGUGACGAGGCAGACGGAGAAGCUCAGCUCCAGCCGCCUGUGAAAUUCUUGGGCCUUUUCGACACGGUAGGCAGCCUUGGGAUUCCAGACUUUGUAGGUGGCGUUGGGCUAGACUGGCCCAAAUUCCGUGACCAGCAGGUUUCAUCCGUCGUCGAGCUUGUAUAUCACGCCAUGUCCUUGCACGAUGACUUUUACAUCUUCCCCCCUUGUCUUGCCACAAGGGGGAGUCAUUCGGGGAGAACGGAUGACUUUGGAAUCACCCAGAAGUGGUUUCCAGGCGUGCAUUAUGACUUGGGACGGCAACGCUUCAAGUUCUUGCGCAUGUUUGGCGGCGGGCGGCUGGAACGACUGUUGGCCAGAUGGAGCUGGGCAAGCAAAGUGAUUGAGCCAAACCAAGUACUUUCCGAUCUCGUGUUGAAGUGGAUGCUCGAGGCUAUCAAGAUGAACGAUCCAGAUGGGCAGGUCAUGCCUACUGAAAAGAUUGACGAGGAGAUUGCGGCGGCGGACCAGAGAAUGGUCUCUGAAGACCGGCAGAUUGGUGAUGGAGAUGUGUACCGAAACAUUGUCGCAUAUGCCCCCUUUGGCAGCGCGAUUGUGGGCUUGUUGACGGAGCUUUUCGGCACGAGGUGGCAGACGAAUCAGAUUUUCCAGCUCUUCUUUGCGCUGCGGGAUCGUCUGAUUGCCGAUCCAGAUGCGCACGUCUACAAGUACCUGGACACUGAUGCUUCUAUUGUAGGAUCUGAAAAUCGGAGGAUUGAAGAGUUGGCAGAGGUAACUCCGGCAAGAUACCCGUCGCAGACGUAUCAAGCUUGGAGGUUG